AAGAAUUGGCUUCCAAACUCCCCUUUCCCCCCAUUUCUUCUUGUUUCCAAAGAUUUCUGGCAUCCUUGUUACAAUGGAGCAGUGGAUUCUCCACCUGAGAGAUCCCACGGCACAACUCUCGUGGGAUGCCAAAGGAGAUCUAAGGAUCCCUACUUCAUUGGGACUUACAGGAAGAAUUUGGGAUUCUGUGGGAUCUAUGCAGUGAAAGAGGCUCCACUCAGCUCUAUCUGGCAGAAGCCCAUCAGAAUCUGAGAAUCUGUUCCCUUUUCCAUAGCAACUGUAUUCAGAGGGAGGCUAAGGUGAGACCCCAAAGGCAUCAAGAGACCUACCUGCCCCACUGCUGUUUGACUCAGGGAUGACCGCAGACAGAGUCAAUCCUUACAGCAUAGUAUCUUCCGAGGAAGACGGUUUGACGUUGACCAUCAUGCCUGGAGUGAACGGCUUUGGGAAUGGAAAGAUCCAUACCAGGAGGAAAUGCCGGAACCGGUUUGUGAAGAAGAACGGCCAGUGCAACGUGGAGUUCACCAACAUGGAUGAUAAACCGCAGAGGUAUAUUGCGGACAUGUUCACCACGUGUGUGGACAUCCGCUGGAGGUACAUGCUGUUGCUCUUCUCCCUUGCCUUUUUGGUGUCGUGGUUGUUGUUUGGUCUUGUGUUUUGGCUCAUAGCCGUCGUCCACGGUGAUAUCGAGGAGCCGACCAAGGACGACACGUUCACACCAUGCCUCAUGCAUGUGAACGGCUUUGUGGCAGCUUUCCUGUUCUCCAUCGAGACUCAAACGACGAUAGGCUACGGGUUCCGCUGCGUGACGGAGGAGUGCCCACUUGCGGUCUUCAUGGUGGUGCUGCAAUCUAUCGUAGGGUGUAUAAUCGAUUCGUUCAUGAUCGGUGCCAUCAUGGCUAAAAUGGCUAGGCCCAAGAAGAGGGCUGAAACCUUACUCUUUAGCCAUCAUGCUGUCGUGGCCAUGAGGGACGGCAAACUGUGCCUGAUGUGGAGGGUGGGUAAUCUCCGGAAGAGCCACAUUGUGGAAGCCCACGUCAGAGCCCAACUCAUUAAGUCCAGAAUCACCGAAGAGGGGGAGUACAUCCCACUUGACCAAAUUGACAUCGACGUCGGGUUUGACAAAGGCUUGGACCGCAUUUUCUUGGUGUCCCCGCUCACGAUCCUUCAUGAGAUCAACGAAGAGAGCCCGCUCUUCGGGAUCAGCCGGCAGGAUUUGGAAACGGACGACUUCGAAAUCGUGGUGAUCCUCGAGGGUAUGGUGGAAGCGACCGCCAUGACGACGCAAGCCCGGAGCUCGUACUUGUCCACCGAGAUCCUUUGGGGCCACCGUUUUGAACCCGUCUUGUUUGAGGAGAAGAGUCUAUACAAAGUGGACUACUCACACUUCCACAAGACCUACGAGGUCCCAUCCACGCCCUGCUGCAGUGCCAAGGACUUGAUGGAGAAUAAAUUCCUCCUCCCAAGCACCAACUCCUUCUGCUACGAAAACGAGCUUGCCUUCAUGAGCCGCGAUGAGGAGGAGGAAGAUGAUGAUGAUGACAGCAGGGUUUUGGACAAUCCGAGUUCAGACAACCAGCCUGAAUUCGAUCGGCUUCAGGCCACCGUAGCACUAGAUCAAAGGUCAUACCGAAGGGAGUCAGAAAUAUGACCAGGGCCCCCCUGCCUGGAACUGUUUUUGAGGGUAUUGUUUCCCCUCUGGCCUCUUCCUCUCACUAAAACAAGCAAAGCGAAUCCAACUCUAAUUAUGCAGAACAAUGCAAGUGCCAUAGGAAUGCCUGAGAAUUAGUCUGGUUUGUAGGAUGUC